AUGUUGACCCUCGACGGCACCCUCUCCCUGUGCGACGUCUGCGCCGAAGACUUCACGCCCCGCAACCUCCCGCACUCCAUCCCCUGCGGCCACGUCCUCUGUGCGCCCUGCGCGACGACGAUCGUCGAGAAAACAGUAAAGGGCCCGCCGCUCUGCCCCUUCUGCCGCGAGGGCUUCAGCAGGGCGAGCAUCCGGAAGAUCAGGAUCGAUUUUCCGAGCGCCGCGUCUGGCUCGGGAUACACCACGCCCCGCCGGAGCCCGCGCAGUCCUCGCGCCCCACUCAUUGAGGACGACUUUCCGCACGAUUUGCUGCUCAAAGCUACUUCUUCGGCCGUGCCCCACCCGUCUUCGACCCAACACCACGCGAACCCGGUGUCCGACGAACUGGCCAAGCGCCUCGAGACGCGCGUUCACAAAGUUGCCACGGUCAAGACGGGCAUUGACGAGGUCUCCGCUCUCCAGCGCGAGCUGCAAGACUGGCUCGGCGAGCACGCGCAGGCGUCCGAGUCCAACUCUGGCCUUUUCCUCAGCGCGCUAUUGCUCAGGGCGAUCAUCACCAACCAUUUCGCGUUCUCCGAGGCGCACCGGGUGGCCGCGCAGAGGGAGAGCAACUUGAAGGCCCGAGUCGAAGAGCUGGAAGAGCAGAAUCGGAGGUUGCAGGCUGAACUUCACUUACACGCCCGCACACAAAAGCCCGGCCCUGCGCACGCGCACACGCCCGGCAUAUCCACGGCUUCAGCGGCGGCACGCGCAUCGCCGCCCGCCUCUCCACCUUCCACGCGCGCAUCGAGCCCCACGCACGGGCUCAGCCACCAGCCACACAGUCUGCACCAGGCCGUCGCGCACGCCCUGCACCAUCACUCUUCGCCCGCCUCGUCUUCCGCGUCGCAGCACACGGCCGUAUCGAGCCUCCAACACCAAGCGCUCGGUCACUUCCGCUCUCAGUCGGCCGCACCGGGAUCGACGAGGGUCGGGCCGGCGCCAGCUAUGGUCGGCAGCAGGAGCAUGACGCCCGCGCCCAUCCACGCGCCGUCGGGCGGGAGCUCGAGGGGGAGCGGACCGACGAGCCCGCUGAGGCCGCAGCCUGUUCGUGGCUCCGCGAGCAUGAGCAGCGGGCCGAUCACGCGUGGGAGCACGCCCGCGCCGAUCCAGCGUGGGACGACGCCUGCGCCGGGUAUCCAGCGCGGUACAACGCCUGCGCCGGGACACUCGCUCGUGCGCGGUACGACGCCCGCGCCCUUACAGCGCGGCACGACGCCCGGCCCGCACCGCGGCGCGACGUCUACGCCUGGGCCCAGCCCGGCGAGGAGGACCGGGCGGACGAUGAGUAUUUCGGGCGGAUCGAUCACCAGUUCGGGCGGUGGGACGAUCAGCAGGGACGUGGAUGGGAACGAGCGGUGGUAUCCCAGCCCGGCGUCCGUCGCGAUCCACAUCCGCACCGCACGCGCAUCUUGGAUCUCCGACUACACCUACCACUACGCCCUCUCGUUCGCCCCGAUCUCAUUCGUCCGUCCCGACUCAUCCGGCAUCCGCACUUCCGACUACACACCCUUUCCCUCUUCAGGCCGGUCCAUCCGGGAUCCGUCUUCGCCCCUUCGCCUGCACCCUACCGCGUUUCCCCGUCGCGCGAUCUCGAUCUCUCCGAUACCCCUCGCUCGCAUCCAGUCUUCCACCCUGAUCCUUAAUCAGGACCCGGCGCGUCUUCUGCCAAUCCCUUCGUCUUCUUCGCCACCUACAUUCGCCCGCGUGUUCGCUCCACCGUCCACGCACCUUGGCUUCGACGCCACACACCCGAGCUCGAGCACGUUCGUCUUUGCAACUGGACGACGCACGCUCGCGCAGCCUGACCGCGCCUCAUACACCCGGCGCCAUUGA